AUGUCUUCUCGGAGUGAUAGAGGUAUUCAAAGUAGCUCCGGCAGCACCAAGUACAUCGCGGCGACGACUAUCUCCGGCGAUUACCUUCCUCUCACCUUCUUUGAUGCAACGUGGCUCAAAUUCCAACCCACCCAACGUCUAUUCUUCUACGAAAUCCAGGAUGUAUCGUUCUCUGUUUUCUCAGACGACAUUCUUCCCAAGCUCAAACAUGCUCUGUCUCUCACCCUUCAAUACUAUCCCCAACUCGCCGGAAAUCUUACGUGGCACCCCGUCACCGGUAAACCGGUUAUCCAUUUCGCGCCGGACGAUGGGGUCUUUCUCACUGUAGCAGAGUCCACCGCCGACUUUCAUUCUCUCUCCACCCACGAUGUUAAGGAAGCCAAAGACAUGCAUUCUCUAUUGUCGUCGGAAUUCCAUGUUUCCGAGAAUCAGGCAACAGUGCUUUCUCUACAAGUGACUCUCUUCCCUGGUUCUGGAUUCUCCAUCGGAUACACCGCCCACCACGCCGUCCUCUCGACGGCAAGAGCGCCGCCAUGUUUAUCAAGUCAUGGGCCAAAAUUUGCCACAUCCCUUCCGUUGGAAUUGACGCCGGUUCUAGAAAGAUCCUUCAUCAACGACCCUUUAGAUAUCUGCACGAUUUUCACUGAAAGAUGGAAAGAAUUUGCCACGGAAGGAACCGGCCUCACUCUAAUGGAAAUAAAACCAGAACCAGGAUUACUCCGAGGAGCAUUCCGACUAAGUCGACAACAGAUUGGUCAAAUAAAGAGCAAAAUAGACGCGUUUUGGAUCGCAAAGACAAAGGUUGUAUCUUUGGAAGGGGGAGAUGGGUUGGUGACGGCGGCGGCGACCAUUGAAGAGGCGGUUGGAAGCUUGCCUCAAGGAGUUGUGAAGGGGACAGAAAAGUGGUUUUCGGAAACAGAUUCGAUUGGCUUUUACUAUUGGAUCUUUCUAAGAAAGCUACGAAGAUAUGAAACUUUGGAAAUAGAUAUUUGCUAA